AUGCACUUCUCCGCCGCUACCCUUAUCACCCUCCUGGCCGCCACCCAGGUCGCCGCCGCGCCCCUGGCCGUCACCGGGAGCGACGCGGCCGCCGUCCGCAUCGCCAAUCGGGACGUCUCCGCGUCCGCCGCGGGCGCCGCCGCGCAGCCGCUCGUUGCCCGCGACGAGGUGGCCGACGAGGUGGCCGACGAGGCCCCCGCCGCCGACGAAGAGCCCGAGCAAACCGCCCCGAGGCUGACCGCCCGGCGCACCGGCGGGCGCACCGGCGGGCGCACCGGCGGGCGCACCGUCGGGAAUCCGACGGGCGCCGGUGGGGGCAUGGUUUCCGCCGCCGUGUGCGGUACGGGCAUGUGGUCGGGCUGCUAA